AUGGCGGGACCGAAGUCCCCCGCCCGCGGGCGCGGGCGCGGGAAGGGCGGCAGGGGCGGCAAGGGUCGCGCGGCAGCGGCGGCGGCAUCGCCCGGCCGCGGGAAAGCGGGAGCCGCCGCAGCAGCAGCCAAGUCACCGCCCAAGAGGCGUUCUUCCAGGGGCGCCGCCGCCGCCGCCGCCGCCGCUGAGGAUGUCGCUGCUGAUGAUGAUGCUCCGGCCGAAGAAAACCCCGCCUCCGAAGACCCUGGAACGCCUUCCGGGGGCUCCGCCGAGGGCGCGAGCGCGUCGGCCCCCGAUGCCGAUACCCCAGCACCGGAACCGGCAGAAGCAACAACAGGGCCUACCACGGGCGGAGACUACACCGCAGACUCCAAGCCUGCCGGUACCCAGGCUGCCGCCGAGGAGAAGGCGCCGGCGCCGUUGCCGGCGGCAAUGGGUUCAGCGGCGGUGGCACCAGCGGAAGAGGGAGAGGAGGCGGCGACAGCGAAAGAGGGGGGGGAAGGAGAGGGAGGGGAAGGAGAGGCAGCGGCGGCGGCGGCGGGAGCGAGCCCCCGCGGGCGUGGGCGCGCCAAGGGCAGGGUCAAGGGCGGCCGAGGAGGAGGGGCGUCUCCUGGCCGCGGCGGCGGCCGCGGCGGGGGCCGGGGGGGACCCUCUCCCGGCCGAGGCGGACCGCAGUCACCAGGACGCGGGGGGCGAGGAAGGGGGGGGGCUGCUUUCCCCGGUGGCGGCCGGGGGCGGGGACGCGGCGGCGGUAGCGGUAGCGGCGGUAGCGGUAGCGGUACGCUGGCCAGGGGACCACCCUACGUGCCGGGGGGCAUCACGGCCGCCACCGGCGGGGCGGGGAAGAAGUCGCCGGGUAAGGCGAAGGGUAAGGGCGGCGCCGGCCAUCGGGCCGGAGCGCCGGUGCCGGCCGGUGCUGCUGCUGCCGGCGAACGGAAGCGCAAGCGGACCGGGGGGCUGGUGACUAUCACCGAGAUCAACGAGGACGAGCUGAUGGCGGUGGCGAACCAGAACUGGGCCCCCGGGUCCAAGGCAGCCGCCAAGGGAUCUUUCAAGCCGAAGCUGGUAUCGACCAUCUACCGCAAGGAGCUGAGGUCGUGCAUGCCCACGCCCGGCGCCCGGGCGGGACCCGAGUCGAGCUCGCGCCUUCAGCUGCUGGAGUUCAGCGCUUUCCUGGAAAACUACUUGUGGCCCAACUUCGACGCCAAGAAAUCGUCCACCGAACACCUCAUGAGUACGAUCCUCCUGAUCAACUCCAAGUUCCACGAGGGGGUGAGCGUGUGGGAGUCCCUGGGCAUCUCGGAGGGCCGCCUGGGAAACCUCCCCGUCACCGCAGACGCCUCCUCCUCCUCCAAACCCUCGGCUGCUGCUGCUGCUCAAGGAGCGGCAGCCGAUGGGGGUGACGCGGCUGGUACUGCUGCUUCGUCUGCGGUAGCAGAGCGUGCUGAGGGCAGCGCCAAGGGGAAGGGGAAGGGGAAGAAGGGUGGCGGGAAGGAUACGGCGGCGGCAGAGACUAGCGUCGAGGGCGGGGAGAAGGAGCAGGACGAAGGCGGCAAGGAUAACGACGCUGAGGAGGAAGAGGAAGAAGCUGAGGAGGCGGAGGGAGAGGGCGGUGUUGACGCCAUGGAGGAGGAGGAGGAGGAGGAGGAGGAGGAGGAGUCUGGCGAAGGCAAGGGAGAGGAAAAGGAGGAGGAGGAGGCUUCCUCGGAGGCUGUUGCUGCGGAGGGAGGGGAGGAGGAAGAGGCGGGUGUGGAGCCGCCUCCGGCGAAGGUCGCUCGAAAGGAUGGACGCAAGGAUAAGUCAGCCCGGCGAUCAUCUGCCUCCGGAGGCGGCAAGGGGGAGAAGGGCGGCAAAGGAGGAGGGGGGGGGGGCGGCGGCGGCGGCCAGAAGGACAAGAGGAAACGGGAGGUGAAGAAGAAGAAGAAGACGGCGCCGCCGCGGCGGCGCCCAGGGUGGGAGGGUCUGUCGAUGUACGAACGCAUCGCCUACGUGACCUUCCUCGUCAACGUCUUCCACUCCCUGGAAGAGCCCGUGGUCCGCAGCAACGUCCUUCGGCUGGCGUACCUGCCCCUGUGGGCCUCGCUCCAGCCGGGCCGGCUCGCUCUCGAGCUCCGGCCGUUCCCGCAGCUCAAGCGCCACUGGCAGCACCUCAAGGCCGGACUGGCCAAGGAAGAGGAGGAAGGGGAAGGCCAAGGGGGUGCGAAGUCUGGCAGGUCGGGCAUGGAGCGGUACGAGUACGAGUUCCUGCCGUCGCUGGCGAGGAUGUUUCUGGACGCCGUGGAGAGCUUCGACGGCACCGUCAAGGGCAAGAAGAAGAAGGGCGGGGGGGAGAACAAGGAGAACCAGGAGGAGGCGGCCGCGACAGGGGACGAACGGGCGGCGGCGGGUAGGGACCCCCCCCGCAAGCUGCUGGAGUUCUGCGAGCGUUUCAUGGAGUUCCUGAUUGACCUGCUGUGCCAGCUUCCCACCAGGCGUUUCCUGUGCGUUGUCCUGGAGGACAUGCGCGUGCUGGAGCGGUGCACGCUGUCGAAGCUCGCGGCCCACCCGAAGGCGAGGCUGUUCCGCCAGCUGCUGGAGAUGUUCCGGUUCUACCUGGGCUUUGAGAUCAACGACCAGACGGGACGGCCCCUGACCGACAAGGACAUGAUGGAGAAGCACCACUCGCGCGUGCACGUGUUGCAGAAGGUGGUCUUCGAGCACUACAGGCAGGCGCUGCCGGACUUCCCCUUCGUGAGCUCCGUCGCUGCCGGAAAGCGUGACUUCCUGGCUAAGACCCUGGGAACUUUGCCGGCCAACGUCCUGAAGAAAUUGGCGCAGAGGAUGGUCCUGGUCAGGAAAGAUGAGGAUGCUUCGGAAGGCGACGCCGCAGGGUUGUCCAACAAUAAGGCCUUCUUGCUGGAGGUGCUGCUCAACCACUUCGCCGACAGAGAUAGCCAGAUACAACAGGUGAACGAGCUUCCCCUGUACCCGAACGAGGCUCUCUUGUGGGACGAGAACCUGGUGCCGCUGGGGCAGUUUUACGGCGGGAAGGUCAUGGCUCUGCCCAAGCUGAACCUGCAGUUCCUCACUAGCCACGACUACCUGCUCAGGAGCUUCAACCUCUUCCGGCUAGAGUCUGCCUACGAGAUCCGCGGAGACCUCGUGGACGCCAUCCGCCGCACCAACCCCAGGCGCGACCCCACCAGGGGGGGUGCCACCCGUUUCGAGGGCUGGGCCAGGAUGGCGACGCCUAUAUCGGGGGUUUCCAUCACGGAGGUCAAGAAGCCGAACCUCGGGGAGAAGGUCCCGGCGGAGGUUCUCUCCGAGGUGACCCUUAACCUGGCCCACUUCGACCGGAUGCACAUGCGCGAGGAGUGGGACACCCUUCGGGAGCAUGACGUGGUCUUCCUGGUCUCCAUACAGUCCCCCCACUUCAACGGGCACCCCCAUCCGCCCCCGCCCCACCACCUCCACCACGCCGGCCGCGGCCGCGGCGGCGGCGGCAGAGGGGGUUUCCACCGGGGAGGCGGGAGGGGGCGCGGCAGAGGGCGUGGCCGAGGAGGGGGUAGGGGUUCUGGAGGAGAGAGGACGGUCAAGGACGAAGAAGACCCGCUGUUCCCUGCCAGGUAUGGCGUGGUGGCGGUACGAGGCGCGGAGGUUUACGAGCUGGCCGAUGAGGAGGGCAACCUGCUGAACGAUCCCGCCACACAGAAGGAGAGGAAAAACGCUCCUCCGGUUGGAAACAAGCGCACCCUUCGCCUGAGGCUGGACCCAGCGCAGUACCACGCCGACAUGAAGGCGGCCGACAUGGUGUACGAAACCGUCAACCUCCUGGUGCGGCGGAACGCCAAGGAGAACAACUUCAAGGGCAUCCUCGAGACCAUUCGGGACCUGAUGAACACCUCUGCGGUGGGGCAGGCGAUGCCCCCGUGGCUGCACGACGUCUUCCUAGGGUACGGGGACCCCGCGGGCGCGCACUACCGAAACUUGCCCGACCAGGUGACGGAGGGGGUGGACUUCGGGGACACCCUGCUGGAUAUCGACCAUGCGCGAGAGGCCUUUCCCGGCGCGGCGUUCAAGUUCACGGACGAGGCGGGCGAGGCCCUCACCCCCGAGGAGGUUGCGCCGCCUUUCAGGCUCUCCUUCUCCAAGGUUCCGCCGGCGGCGGCGGCGGGUGCGGGGGUACCCGCAGAUGGUGAUGCCAUGGAAGACUCAGAGGAAGGGGAAGGAGAAGGAGGGGAGGGGGGCAAAUCCUCCCCGACCCCCGCUUCCAAGGACGAGGUUCCGUCGAGAGAGCUCGUGACGGUAACGCCGUACAAGCUUCCCAACCCAGGGCCGUACCCGCAGGAUGUCCCCAAGAAGAACAAGGUGCGCUUCACGCCGGUCCAGAUGGAGGCCAUCCGCAGCGGCAUGAACCCGGGGCUUACCAUGGUCGUCGGGCCGCCUGGAACAGGCAAGACGGAUGUGGCGGUUCAGGUGAUCAGCAACCUGUACCACUCUUUCCCCAACCAAAGGACCAUUAUGGUGGCGCACAGCAACGCCGCGCUAAACGACCUCUUCGAAAAGAUCAUGGAAAAGGACAUCGACGAGAGGCAUCUGCUGCGUCUGGGAGCGGGCGAACGCGAGCUGCGCGAGGACACGAUGAAAGACUUUUCCAAGUUCGGACGUGUCAACUACACCCUCAAGCGCAGGCUCGAGCUCCUUGCAGAGGUCCAGAGGUUGGCGGAGACCAUCGGGGUCGAAGGGGACGUCGGGUACACGGGCGAAACCGCCGAGUACUUCCAGCUCUUCCACGUCACCUCCCGCAUCGAGCGGUUCGAGGCGGAGCUGGAACAGCGCAAGCCCACGGCCCCACCUUCUGCUACCGCUUCCCCCGAGAAGAAGGGCAGCAAGAAGAGCAACGGUAAGGAGGCGGGGGGCGGCAAUGACGCGGCGGCAGCCGGUGUCGUGAAGGAGCUGUUCCCUUUCCACGGUUUCUUCGCCAACGCUCCCGCUGGCGACAAGCUGUUCGGGGGCGUGGACGACGGGGAGGACCUGGAGGUGGCACGGGGCUGCUUCCGGCACAUCAGCAAGAUGUUCGAGGAGUUGGCGGACUACCGCGCCUUCGAGCUCCUCCGUUCACACUCGGCCCGCAGCGACUACCUCCUCACCAAGCAGGCGAGGAUCAUCGCCAUGACGUGCACGCACGCGGCCCUUAUCCGACGGCGCCUGGUGGAGCUGGGGUUCAAGUACGACAACAUGGUGAUGGAGGAGAGCGCGCAGAUUCUGGAGGUGGAGACGUUCAUACCCAUGAUGCUCCAGGACCUCGAUCCCGUACUCGGGUGCCGGCUGAAGCGCGUGACUCUCAUCGGUGACCACCACCAGCUUCCGCCCGUCGUCAAGUCCAUGGCUUUCCAGAAGUACAGCAAGCUGGACCAGAGCCUCUUCACUCGCUUCGUACGCCUGGGCACGCCCACAGUACAGCUCAAUGCGCAAGGGCGCGCCCGGCCCGAGAUCGCUGCCCUGUACAAUUGGCGCUACAAGGACCUCGGCAACCUGGCUCUGGUGCAGACGAAGCCGCAGUACCUGACAGCCAACGCCGGAUUCGGGUACGACUACCAGAUGAUCGACGUGCCCGACUUCGAGGGACGGGGAGAGACGACUCCCACGGCGUUCUUCUACCAGAACCUCGGGGAAGCAGAGUACGUCGUGGCCACCUACCAGUACAUGCGGCUGCUGGGCUACCCGGCCUCCAAGAUCUCCAUCCUGACGACGUAUAACGGGCAGUGCCAGCUGAUCGAGGACGUGGUGAAGCAGCGGUGCGCGAACAACGACCUCUUCGGGGAGCCUGGGAGGAUCGCUACGGUGGACAAGUACCAGGGCCAGCAGAACGACUACGUGCUUCUGUCGCUAGUGAGGACGCGGACGGUGGGGCACGUUCGCGACGUCCGUCGUCUGGUGGUGGCCCUCUCUCGGGCAAGGCUGGGGCUGUACGUCUUCUGCCGACAGUCCCUGUUCGAGGACUGCCGCGAGCUGGCCCCGGCCUUCCAGCAGAUGCUCAGGCGCCCCUCGAGGCUCCGGCUGGUGCUGAACGAGGCGUACCCGGGCGGACAGAGGCCGGCCACUGGAGACGCCGGCCCUCCCGCGGGGGUGCCCUUGUACGAGAUGCGCUCUGUUACCGAUAUGGGUGUGGUGGUGCACCAGAUGGCUUCGGCGGUGAUGGCACACCGGUCCGCGCUGGAGCAGGUGUCGACCCAGCAGGCGGCUCUGCAGAAGGCCGCGGCGGAAGCUGCCAACGUCCGAUGAGUACGUUUCUUCGAGCAGGGUGCAGGAGAUGCUAUGGGGGAUUGAAUCCUGUGAAGAAGCUUGUUUCGUAGUAAACCGGCGGGGGGAUCGGUGGAAAGGGGGCAGGAUGAGGACGGAUGCGCUCAGUGGAGAAAAAAUAGCAACGUGUUUCGGGUUGUCCUUGGUACCAUGGGAUAGGAGAUGGGGGUAACAACGCGGGGGGAGGGGGGGUUCCAAGCCAAAGUAAGACGCCAAGCAAGACACUGGACAUAAUUCGUUUCAGCUGCACUUGCGUAAUAGAAGUAUGAAAUAGCGAGAGGGGUUGGAAAAGUGCUGUCGAUGUGGGACAGCGAUCGCACAGCAGCAACAUGUUACGAUUUUCCUAGUUGGCCAGCGGCGGCGACCUUGACAGCGAAUCAACCAAGGUCUUGUUAUUGUGAAGGCACGACAAGCAUGAGGCUUGGAUGGAGCUGUCCGUCGAGAGCGAUAACGAGUCGUGAGACGGUCGAGCACGAGAGCUCCCCCUGCGGGCGUACGCACCAAGACAUGGAAUUGUCACGCGGUACAGGUACAGUAGCAUUGUAGGCGAUGGUGCUGAAGAGGGGGGCGGGAGGAAGAGACACUGGACUUUGAGGUUGAGGUCGGGGCGAUAUGGAUGUAACGUUGGCCAGUGUGUUGCCAAACCUCUGGUCAGUAGCUCGUAGUCAUCGGUACCGGUCCAACUGUCCCCAAACGGGGGUACACACUCGUGAAAAAUAUAAAUGGAAAUGAUACUGGACUCACAAGUCCUCGAAGCCGGUGUGAAUUAGGAAUGAAUCCACCACCGCAGGCUGUCUGCCGAUAGAGGAAGUGGGCAUGGAGUAAGGGGGGCCCAUGCUGCCGCCUACUGACGACUUGAGCUUCUUCGCUCUGCUCUCUUUCUUGGUUGAAACCCUUUCCCGCACGACACAUGCAUGAUGAAUGCAUGGAUUUUGAGGGCACGCUACCGACCACACAUACCUGCAUGCUACAUGGAUUAUGAUGGCAGGCAAUCGAGAGGUUUGUUCUGGAGUCUUGUGGAGGUUGUCGACGAGCUGCCCGUUUGAAUCGACAACCCGGGACUCCCCCCCCCCCGUCAAUGGUCUAACGACUACACGGGUUUACAUGAGUACACCCCCCCUUCGCUAUCUGUUGCUGCGAAAGAGAAAGAGGAAGAGAAAAUAUGGGAAGGCCUUGAGAAGAAACUCCAAGGUGGAGGGCCCACAGAGUACACACACACCUCUGUUAUUGUUGUUUCGUUCCGGAAGAAAGAGAAGAAAAACGGUGGUAUAAUAGUGCCAUAGUCCAAGAGAAGCUCAAAGGCAAGGGGGGACAGGGACGCGCUACUGCUGGACGUAGCCGGGCGAACCCAUCCCUCCUUAGACCCAUUUUUUUUCACAGAUUUCUCGGCAUCCUGCGGGAUCGAUACGGAGGAGGCAGAGAUCGGCCUUGCCCCGAUGCCUACCGCGCCAUAGCGCAUCUAUACACACCUGCAUUGUGUCUGGACUCCGAUGACUUGGCGAAAAACAGGAUGGGACCGAGAAAAAAAGAGGACUCUUCGCUGUUAUGUCAUCUCGACGGGGGGGGGGGUGUUUGGUGUUUCCGAGAAAGGAAGGGCGUAUGAUACCCGGGUUGAAUCGGCGUCGUUGUAUGUCUUUCGCUCCCCUUUCGUUCCUCCACCGCGCCUGACGAUGUGAAACCCACGUUGUCAUUUGUGAUUGUGAUGGAAUAAAUUGACUGCGAACGCUAAAGCUUAAAUGUGUCACCACCCUUGAUAUACACAUACAUGCUCAUCACUAAACGUCGUCGCGUCGACCCACCUACUGCUAUGUGCCCCCGCCGUAAUGGGCAGGGGCAAAGAUAAACAGGACAAAAUAAAGGUGAAAAGUGACGUUAACAGCAGCAACAGCAUAGUUCGACCAGCGCCUCCCCCCAUCUCCAGCCAAGUCAAGUCUAUCUUCUACGGUACAACCAAGAGCUCCCGGUCAGAGCAGCGAGAUGAGAGAGAAAUACACGCAGCACACUGAGCAACACACUCUCUCCCUCCAAACAAACGGCGCGGUGAAACAACAGCACAAACAACAAGAGAGAUAAUUCGCACAAAAAAAAAACAUGACCGAGUCUAGAAAAAGAAGACACACCCUGUGGCACGCACUUCGUUCGCUGAUUGGUCAACGCACCUGCGAACUUUCUUUUUAAGCCCCCGCCAUGCGUAAACGGUAACCAUCAUCUUCCCAA